UGCCUGGGGCCUCUGCUGCAGGGAGUUCAGGAGUUCAGUGCAAUUUGCCAGCUUGCCUCCCGAGGGGCCCAGCAAGUCCAUGGGCUUUUGGCUCAGGGAACUUGUUCCCAGGGCUCCUUGCCUGGGCCUCCUUGGCCCCUCCUGGAGCUUGGUUAAUGCAAACUGCUCCUGCCAGGGCCUCAGGAGAGCCCCCUCACCCUGGCCCACCCUCAGUGAUGCCUCAGAGACGAGGAGGGAAGCCCGGCCAGGCCCGGGUGGUUCAGGUGGCCAGGCCUCCCUCCUGGGUGUGUGAAUAGCCUCUGGCUGCAUCUCCCUGCUCUGUAUGUCACACGCCUGCCGAUUCCUCUGGAAAGCACAUGGGGAGAUCUGCCUGGGAAGUUCUUACUGUCUUUGGGCGAGUGAUUCUUUGCAAGCCUGCAUAAAAUCAGCGAGGCCCAGCUCCCCUGGCACUCUUUAGAUGAAGAAGGUGAGAAGGGGGUAGGGUGAGGGGUGGGAGCAGUUGUCAUUCCAGGUGGGAGAUGCCAGCCUGGGAUUUCUGUCCAAGGGCCUGGGCUCAGGGAAGAAGCACACAUGGGCUGCCAGGGUUCGCAUUUUCCAAAAGUUGCAGUGGAAUCUGGUUUGAGAGGAAGCUUUCUGCUGUGCAGGUGUUUCUGGGGAAAGGCACCUACAGGGAUGGAAGGCCCAUGAUGGGCUAGACAGGAUCUCAAGGUAUUACAUGCACCUAUUUAAUUCUUAGAGCAACCCUAGCAAAUCAGUACUGCUACUCUCCGCAUUUUAUAGAUGAGGAGACUGAGGCUGAGAAAGGUUACCCUCUGGCCAGAGGUUACAGAGCUGGAAGAAGCAGGAUCAGGAAUCAAACCCAGCUCUGCCUGCUGCCAAGGCCUGGGUGCUCAUACUAUCUGCUCUUGGCCUGUAGCAGCGCCUUGAGAAGAGCUGUACCAGGAUGGGGCCCGGAGACCAGUGGCAGCAAAACCAGGGCUUAUCUGCCAACAGCAUCCCUGCCCUGAGGCUGCUGAGUGCGCCCUUCCUUUGGUCACCACGCGUUCUCUCUCUGGCAGCCACACAGGACAGGCCAGCCACUUGGGAGUGCCCAGCCCCCAGGUGAGCCCUGGAGGAAACGAGGCCGUGGGGAAACGUCUCCUGGCUCCCUCUCUCCCCCACGCAGGGAGCAGUGGUUGCUACGCAGCCUUGUUUGUUCAAGGAUAACCUGGCAGAGAGCAGGAGUGUGCCAGCAGUGGGGCCAGCGGCCACCCCCAGCACCUGCCCAGACGGGAGGCCCACAGCCCUGGGCUGCGAGCCUGGGCCGGGGCCAGGGCAGGCCGGGCGUGGGGCCGCCCUGUCUUUGCCUCCCUGGACCCAUGGGCAGCAUCAUCUGCAGAGAGAGCAUGGAAGCCGGGUUCCACCGCUGAUAGAGGUUUGGCCUCUGGAUGGAGAGGUCCCUGGAUGUUACAGCUCGGGGUAAUAAUACAGCUCUAGAUGCCUGAGGAUUGUACUCACGGCCCAGAAAGCAGCUGCUGCCUCUGGACAACCUCCCAGGUGCCUUCUCUACCCAGGGCAUGGGCACCCGUGACGCCCUCCCCCCAGGCAAGGCUCUGGCUCCAGGGGCCGUGUACUGUGGGAGUGUCCCUCGUACCAGUGCCGGGCCCUGUGCCCUCGCCGGGGGAGGCAGCGACUCCAGCCUGAAGACUUUUGGAGAAGCCUCUCUCCAACCAACGCCCAGCGUCCUGCUGGAGGAGCCGUCACAGCUCUUGAGUGGACAUGAGGCCCCUGACAGCCUCAAGCUGGAUGCUCCCCUGAAGGACUGGCAGGCCAGGAAUGGCCACCCCAGGAACCUUGGGACCCUGUCUCUGGGCCCCCACCCCCUGGUGCCACUGCCCUCGCUGGAGUCAGAGGCCAACAGCGCGGCCCGGGACACCACCCAGAUCAAGGACAAGCUCAAGAAAAGGAGACUCUCGGAGGGCUUGGCAGCGUCUUCCCGGGCCUCUCUGGAUCCUGGGGGAGGCCCCAGAGGAGUUCCCCUGAGGACCACCAUCCCCCGGGUCACCUCUCAGAGGCUGCUGAGGGUGCCCAGGCUGAUGCCCCCCAUCCAGAGCAUGCCCACCACCCCGGAGGCUAGCGGAGCCAAGGAGAAUGGCCUGGACCCACCCCAGAGCAGUCAGGGUCCCCAGGGGCUGAGACCUGGUGCCCAGGAGGUGAAGAUCUCCCAGCAGUACCUGCACUGCAAUGAUGAGAAGAUGCACAGGUCCCUGGGGGGCAUCGUGAUCCCGCCCAUCCCAAAGGCCGGGGUGCCCGCCGGGACCUCCGCCUGCACACCUGGCUCCCUUCCCAGCCUCCCACCUCCAGGCCAGGACGUCCUCAUGGGCCUGAGGCCACCCCCCACACGGUUGGUUCGGGAGAGGGGGCCUCGGGAGAAGACCCCCAGAUCUCUGGAGCCAAAACCUUUGGUCCCACCUGUCCGGGACAGGUCCGCUGCCCCUGAGAAGCCUGCCCUGCCUUCAUCUCAGUCUGCUCCUACCCUGACAGCCUUCUCCUUCAGCCAUGCCAAAGGUGCUCACCCUUUGCUAAAAGAAGAGGACCAGAAGGAGACUGGCAGCAAGGUCACCAUCUCCAAGUCUGCCCAGGAGAAGAUGCGGCUGAAGCAGAUGAAGGAGGUGGAGCUGCUCUGGAGGGCCAAGGAGCCAGAGAGGGAGAGGGAGCUCGCUCCCCAGGGCCUGGCCUCCCGGAGGACCUGGACGAAGGAAGGCCUCCUUCCCCUCCGGAGCAGCGGGACCCUGUCUGUGCCCACUGGGUUGAGCAGCCCACGCAGAAACAACAUGGGUGUCGUCCUGAGGAAGCGGGCCAACCGGGCCUCCCUGCCCAGCAUCCCCGUCAGCAAGCAAGAGCCCAGCUUUGCGCGCCAUGCAUCAGCUCAGUCCUUGCCUGCGGUGCUCACCUUGGGGUCUCCUGAGUGGGAAGAAGAGGAGGAGACGGAUCUUCGAGCUUUCAAGGAGUUGAGGCCUUUCUCGAACCCAGAGCUGGGGCUGGUAGAUGCCCUCCAGUGCCUGGACAGCAGUGACUGGCAGAUGAAGGAGAAGGGCCUGGUGAGCAUCCAGCGCCUGGCGGCCUGUCACUCGGAGGUCCUCGCCGGGAGGCUGCAUGACGUGUCCUUGGCCGUGACUGGGGAGGUCACCAACCUCCGCUCCAAGGUGUCCCGCUUGGCCAUCAGCACCCUGGGAGGCCUCUUCCGGGCCUUGAAGAAGAAUAUGGACCAGGAGGCUGAGGAGAUCACCCGCUGCCUGCUCCAGAAGAUGGGGAACACCAGCGAGUUCAUCCAGAGAGCGGCCAACCGGUCCCGGGCCAUGGUGGAGCACGUGACCCCGGCCCGUGCCCUGGUGGCCCUGACCUCGGCGGGCAUCUACCACCGAAACCCCUUAGUCCGGAAAUGCACUGCCGAGCACCUCUCGGUCGUCCUGGAGCAGAUAGGUGCUGAGAAGCUUCUCUCAGGCACCAGAGACAGCACAGACAUGCUGGUGCACAACCUGGUGAGGCUGGCCCAGGACUCGAACCAGGACACCAGGUUUUAUGGCCGGAAGAUGGUGAAUAUCUUGAUGUCCAACACAAAGUUUGAUGCGUUCCUGAAGCAGUCCCUCCCUUCGCAUGACCUGCGGAAGGUCAUGACAGCCAUUAAGCAGCGGGGAAUAGAAGAUAUUGAUGAACUUGCAUCUGCCAAAGGCCGCAAGGUAUCGCGGAGCCUGCUGGUGUGUGAGAAUGGGCUGCCCACCGAGGACGGGCUCAGCUCCAAUGGCCCACGGUUGGCGGGGUUGCGCUCCUCCACGCGGGGUGGCUUGGAGACGGUGGAGCAGCUGCGGGAGCUGACGCGGCUGCUGGAGGCCAAGGAGUACCAGUCUCGGAUGGAAGGCGUGGGGCGGCUCCUUGAGCACUGCAAGGCCAAGCCAGAGCUCAUCACCGCCAACCUGGUCCAGGUCUUCGAUGCUUUCACCCCAAGGCUUCAGGAUUCCAACAAGAAAGUGAACCAGUGGGCACUGGAGUCCCUCGCCGAGAAUCCCCUCCUGAGAGAGAGCUUGCACCCCAUGCUGCUGUCUGUCAUCAUCGCUGUGGCAGACAACCUCAAUUCCAAGAACGCAGGGAUUUAUGCUGCCGCCGCCAGAGCGCUGGAUGUCAUGAUUGAGAGCCUGGACAACCUCGGCCUCCUCCACGCGUUUGCUGGGCGGGUGCGUUUCCUGAGUGGCCGUGCAGUGCUGGAUGUCACAGAACGUCUGUCCGUGUUGGUGGCCUCAGUUUACCCCCGGAAGCCCCAGGCCGUGGAGCGCCACGUCCUUCCGGUCCUCUGGUACUUUCUGAACAGCAUGACGGGGAGCGGCGUCCUGCCUGGGCGCGGCGGGAAUGUCCGCUCGGUGGUCGGCCGGCUGUGCAGGACCCUCCAGGAGCAGAUGGGCUCCCGGCUGCAGGACCUGGCCGCCGGGCAGCCAAAGCAAGUCCUCACAACGCUCCAGGAGCUCUUAGGCACGGAGUCCCUGUGAGGCGGCCCAAGGUCACUGACAGAGGAAGGCCCGGACAGCAAGACACCUGGCAGCUCAAGCCCCUCCCAGCUGCAUUACGGACGGAUCUGGAAUGAGCCAUCACUGUUUUGAUCUUAUUUAUUUUUAUGAUGGAAUAAUCCCCCUGGCUCCUUUCCCGUAGAGUUCAGAUGUACAUAGUCUAUUUUGAAGUAGAAAUAAAAGAAUUACUUAUUUUUCUAAGGUUU